UUGACUCUCCUUCAAAUGAUAAUCUAGAGUUCCAAACUCAAAAAUUCCAUGCAGAUGGUUAUUGGACAUCAAAUUCUAUACCGUACUGGAUGAGUAGAUCGUCCACAGAUUCUGACAAUGAAGCUUCUCAUUUGCUCUCCAAUGAUUGUAGUACAUCUUCUCCACCCUCCUCAAGAUAUCGAGCAAUCGAAGAUGGUAGAAAGGUGCUCAUGGACCUGAUGGAGAACAUGCCCGAGUCAUCCUAUGAAUUGACCCUCAGAGACAUUGUAGAUGAGCAGCAAAACCUGGAAAAAGAGGCACGAAAGGAGACGAUGAUCGCGGAUAAACCUUUAGUCCAUAAGUCUCAUGAAGUCAAUCCGAAAAAGGAUAAAACUGCAAGCGCUAGCAUGAACAGCAGAGUUUUCUUGUUAAAGAUGUUCAUCCCAGUUCCUUUUGCUUUGAAGGAAAAGGCAGUCAAGAAAAGAAGUUCCUCAAGGAUUAUUUCAUCUCCGUCAUUUGAUGGAUCUGAGAAACUAAUGGCUAAGGAUCGGUGCAAGAAAAGGAUGGCAUUUUCAGAGAAAAGGGAUAGAAAGAAAUGUGAUAGCAUCAGCAAAGGCAGGGAUGUUGAGACAACCUACGUAUCUUGUUGGCAGUUAUUCAGCAGGAAAAGCUCCAAACGGAGACCCAAAGAUUCCUGUUUGAUGGACAAUUAGAAGAUGUGUAUUAGCAUUACAUAAUUGAGUCUAA